ACACAUAACUUUAUGUCACAUGGUGUGCUUUAACGGGGGCGGGGAAACAGGUGAAAAAAGCAGAAGCAGGAAGUAAACAGCUGUAGAUCUUACGACUAUACUCGGACCAAAAGAAUCGUUUAAAUGCUUUUAAAUCGCUUCAGUUUGGAUCCUUGCAGGCUGUAAUGUCCACAGUUCGAGGUUGCAUAAUGAAAAUAAGUUAGCCGGGCUUUAAAGGUAACAAGGAUGUCUGAACAACAGGCCGGGUUAAGGCUUCACCCCGGGAUUAUUGCAUCAGUGAUCUUGGUGUCUGCGGCGGCGGUAGCUGCUGCCGUAUUGAUCAUCCGAAAAUACUGCUUCCCAGUCAAUGAGGCAACUUACAGAUACUCAGUGCUGAGACAGAUGGAGGAGGGGUAUUCAGCAGCGGCAGAGGAGGAUGGCGACAGGAGGUCGCGCACAGUGGGAGAGGAUUCAGACGAGGAUCUUUUGGAAUAAAUCUCCAACUGGGAAGCUGCUGGACUGACUGAAAUGGAGUUUAUUCUAUAAACUGUGUGGUGUACGAAUGAAAUGGAGGAUUGUUUUCAUAGCGGGGAUAAAAAGCGAGCCACGGAUGUGAAACCAAAAAUAUACAAUUACAGAUAAAAUAAGUGAGGAAAUAGUAUUCAAUAUUUGCAAUUAUAUCUUAAACUGUAAUUCUGAGAUUAAAUGUGAUUUCUAUUUGUGGAGCUUCAUACUCUUAGAUGUGAAAUAAUGACCUUCAUUUGAAUCAUCACUGACAUUUUCUUUUCUUUUUUUCCUUUUUUUUUACACAUAACACAUGACAUUUGAUGUCUUUGGCUACUACCCAACCCUCUGAUGGGUGGAGGUUGUUCCCGCAGGCACAGCUCAGGGCUUAAAAAAGGUGUUCUUCUUUUUUUCCAGCAUAAAACCCAUUUAAUCCUUAUUUCUCACAAUCAAUAUUCUGCUAAAAUAUGCUACAAUAAAACAACCAACAAAACAUUCAGUAUUAGCUGUGGUAGAUAAGAGUCGUAAUGAAUUGUCAACAAAAUUGAAUGUGUUAUUCGGCGAUACGGUCAGUGUAUUAAAGCAGCAAUUCAUGCAGCCUUUUUAAAUUAUUCUUUUAUUUUGGAAAGCCUGAUAACUACUGAGCUAUCUGCACAUCUUUCAGCUGCAUUUAUUUUGUUGUUGUUUUUUGGAUGAAUUGAGCUCUGAGACCUAUGCGUUUGAUAAGACUUGUGGGUAUGUGAUUUGGAUGCUAAUGCUGCUGAUCAUAUGGAGAGUCAGCACUCCACUAUUUACUCCAUUAUUUCCACUUUUAACUUUAAAUGACGACCCUUACCUUAAAUAUAAAAUUCAAAGUGGAACAUUAUUUCCUGUAUUAUUUACUGGCAAUGCAAUAAAUGUCAGUGGGGCAUUGAAAGGGCAGACGCACUCACAUUCGCUCAAUGUUUGUCUGAAAAAGUCUGCCACAGAACAUGUGAAUGUGUAAUGCUAUGAAUUAAGCGGUUGUUACAAAGUCACACAUGGAGAUUUGAUGUUUCGCACACCCUAAAUGAUGUGCAGCUAAAGGUAGUCAAAAUAAGACUUCAGCUGUCUGCCAGUUGGGCAGUUUCCCUUUGAAUGGAUUUCCUGUUUCAUCGUUCCACUUAAAGGCAAUUUGCAGUUUAGUCCGCUGGGUCUUUAAUGUAGCGCUGGGCUGAAUGAUGUACCCUGAUCUUUCUGACAGCCAUACUUGUCACAGAUACAAAAAAAAGCCACUUACCUGGUUGGGAGCUGCAAGUGAACAUUCUGACGUGAACGUCAGUGUCCCAGCUCAAACUAACGAAUGGUUCAUUUUAAGUUAUUAUUCGUGUGAUCACCAAAUCAGACACCAAGACCCGAUUCUUGUGUUUUCCAAUCAUCUUUUGCUGUGUAGUUACUGAUGUUGAUGUGGAUCAGUAUUUAUAAAACCUACUGUAUCUUUUUAUUUAUUUUGUGCACAUCUGGGAUCUAAAUCUGCUGGUUAUUAAACAUAUUAAUCAUG